AUGGGCCGGGGCGGUGUGGCGGGGGGGGGGGAAGGGGAGGUCCGCGUCUGCGUCUAUCCACCGUUUCAAAGGACUAUCCGAAAGGGACGAACACGGAAGUGCCCGUGUGGGGCGGGGGCGGCUCUGUCCGGUCCAGGAGCCUCGGCGGGGCUUUGCCCUCCCCCGGAGGAGAACAUUGUGCCCCAAUCCCCGACUCCCUCCCCGGCCCCGGAGUCUGGGGGCGGCUGGGGAAGGGGUGCAGUCACAGGCUGGGGGCGAGGCUGUUUCGGGCCUUUUCCCCACGGGGGACCUUCAGGUCCGAACCUGCCAAGGGGAUGUGAGAUUAAAGGGGAAGAAAUACUCCAAGUGCACAAGGAAGAAGUCUUCCCACCUUGGGACUCCCACCCCCUGAAGCACCACAAUCUGGCUGAAGCAGAAAGUCUAGAGCCAGAGGGAAUGGCCCCCAGCACCCAGAGGCCCCCUUCCCAGGGGUCGAUAACAUUCAAGGAUGUGGCUGUGGACUUCACCCAGGAGGAGUGGUGCCUCUUGGACCAUGCUGAGAAAGAGCUGUUCCUGGAGGUCAUGCUGGAGAAUGUGCAAAAUCUCCUCUUUGUGGAGGCAGAGACCAAUUUUGAAGUGAAGGAGAUAUCUUCAAAGCUGAGACUUUUUGUGGAAGAAUCUGGCCCCCAAAGAUUCAUAAAUGGGGGUCCAUGUGACUUCAAUUUGAGAGAAAUAUGUGACUCUAAUAUGAAGGUAAAUAAAAAUCCAGAGAAUGACUGUGAAUUUGAUAAAAUUGCAGAGAAAUUCAGCCAAUAUUCAGUCCUAAAUCAGUACAUGAAAUUGAUAUCAGGGAAUGAUGAUUGUCAUGAUAGAGAAUACAGCAAAUGCUUUCUUCAAGAAGUAGGACAUAUUCAGUUGCAUGAGAAACCUCCUGAAAUGCCCACGUAUCAAGAAAACCUAGAGGGAAGGGCUGUUGGUUGGAAUUUAGCACUCAUUAAACCUACAAAAAAUAAAUGUAUAGAGACACUAUCUGUGAGUAAUAAAGGUGGGAGACCUUUCAGUCAAAACUCUGAAUGUGGUUCACAUAAAAUUGUCCACUCUGGAGAGAAACCUUAUGAAUGUAAACAAUGUGGACAGACUUUUCCAUGGAGGUGUGAUCUUGUUAAACAUCAGAGAAUCCACACUGGAGAGAAACCUUAUGCAUGUAAACAAUGUGGAAAAGCUUUCACACAGAGGAGUAAUCUUGCUAAGCAUCAAAGGAUCCAUACUGGAGACAAACCUUAUGAAUGUAAACAAUGUGGAAAGGCUUUCACAAGAAGGAGAGAUCUUAGUAAACAUCAGAGAAUCCACACUGGAGAGAAACCUUUUGAAUGUAAACAAUGUGGAAAGGCUUUUCCAUGGAGGAGUAAUCUUUGCGCACAUCAGAGAAUUCACACUGGAGAGAAACCUUAUGAAUGUAAACAAUGUGGAAAAGCUUUUACAGAGAGGGGCCAUCUUGUUGCACAUCAGAGAAUCCACACUGGAGAGAAAUCUUAUGAAUGUAAACAAUGUGGAAAGGCUUUCACACAGAGGAGUAAUCUUGCUAAGCAUCAAAGCAUCCACACUGGACAGAAGCCCUAUGAAUGUACACAAUGUGGAAAGGCUUUCAAACAGAGGGACCAUCUUGCUGCACAUCAGAGAAUCCACACUGGAGAGAAACCUUAUGAAUGUACACAAUGUGGAAAGACUUUUACAAGGAGGGGAGGUCUUAUUAAACAUCAGAGAAUCCACACUGGAGAGAAACCUUAUGAAUGUACACAAUGUGGAAAGGCUUUCACACAGAGGAGUAGUCUUGCUGCACAUCAGAGAAUCCACACUGGAGAGAAACCCUAUGUAUGUAAACAAUGUGGAAAAGCUUUUACAGACCAUGGGUAUCUUAUUGCACAUGAGAGAAUCCAUACUGGAGAGAAACCUUAUGAAUGUAAACAAUGUGGAAAGGCUUUCACAUGGAGGUGUGAUCUUUCUUUACAUCAGAGAAUCCACACUGGAGAGAAACCUUAUGAAUGUAAACAGUGUGGAAAGGCUUUUAGGUGUAGCUCUCAUCUUUGUAAACAUCAGAGAAUUCACACUGGAGAGAAACGUUACAAGUGUAAACAGUGUGGAAGGGGUUUCAGAAAGAGAAGUGAACUUGCUAACCAUCACAGCAUUCUCACUGGAGAGAAAGUUUAUGGAUGAAAUCAAUUCAGAUAGCCUUUCACAUAAAGCUACACAAUUUCUUCAUAUCAGAAAAUCCCCACUGGAGAGAAACCUCAGGAGUGAGGCUGAGCUUAUAAUCAUCACCUUCAGAUUAUUUAAAAUAAGAAGAUCAACACUAGAGAGAAACUUUAGGGAUAUGAUCAAUGUGGGUAAGGCCUUCAGGCAAUAAUCAUCUGUUAUUCCCAAGUGAGAAUUCCUUUUCAAUCGAAAUCUUAUUUCUGUCAUGAAUGAAGAAAGACAUUAAAAUGGAGAGUCCAGAGCUUGUUCAAUAAAAGAAAAUGUCUUCUGAAUAGAUCAGAUCCAGAUGCAUUCCCUCUGGAAUGCUUUCAGCUAGAGAUCCUCUCAUCCUUCAUAUCAGAGGAUUUAUAGUGCAAAAAAACCUAAUGAAUGUGCUCAAGUUGUAUGUGUUUUUCUCUGGAGGAGGGUAAUUACUAUUAUUUCGAAAAAUGCAAAUGAUAAUAAGUCUGAGGGAACAGGGCAUAUCUGUUAAGAUUUUUAAAAUUAGGACAUAAAAGGAAAGUGACAAAGGUGUAGGAGAUGUGGGAAUAUUGAGAUUUUAAACCUUUGCACUUCAUUUCCCAGAAGUCCUAGUAGUUCCCAAAAUUCCCUAUAAUCUCUCCUGAGUCUUCACAUUGGUGACAUCACAUUAUUGGUAUUUAACUGGCGGCAAAGCCUCCGACUCUCUUGCAUGAUGUAGCAUGGUGGCAAGGUGGGGAUUGCUAAAAAAAUGGGCUAAUCAGCCAUGAGCAAGUGGUUUUUAUUUUGUAUCCUCUUUAUUCCUUGAUUUCUAAUGAUUGUUAAACCUCAUUAAAUAUCACAUUUUUAUUAUUAGAGAUAUAAUUUUAGAUAUAACAAUACCACAGUGAUAAGGACUUUUUCUUUGAUACAAUGCUUGUCAUUCUUCCUCACUAUUUGUCGGCAUUCAUCUAUUACAGUUUUUUUAGUCAUUGCCUUGUUAAUUGGCACUCUCUUGUUUCCUGUUUUUUGCUGGUAUGCCACGGGCAGGUCCAGCCUCACUUGUGGAUCCAGGGGUUCCCGGCAGGUGGUAAACCAUCAGUCAAGAAAUAACAAACAGAAGACAGCUAUGUAUAUGAUUCAGCCAUGGGCAUGCUUUGCAUCUGGCAGCUGCUCCACUAUACCCAGAUCUGGUGUUUAUUCUAAUGCCCAUUUUUUGGGCACACAGAUACAUUAGCUAAUGCACAUGCUCAAAUGAAGAUAAUUGGAAAAGUGACACAUUAACUUUUAAUAAAUCACUUGAUUAACAUUCUGAGGUCAUACUAUAUUCUUGUAUUGUAACUACUGAUUCUUGACAGAAUAAAGGUUCCACACAAAAUAAAUUAUUUCAUCACCGGCAACUGGAUUUUCUCAUUAACCUGUGAGGAGUUUGAGCUUACAAUCAAUCGAGGGAAUUUACUUAUUACUUUUAAUUUAAUAUUAGACUGAUCAUUUUUCAUGGUUUCCUAGGGAGUUUCUCAAGGGAAAAAAUCAAGACAAUGAGGCAUGAUGAAGCUUGGUGUACCUGCACAUUUUGUAUGGGUUUUUAUGAUUGAUUUAUAUUGUGGCUCUGGGAGAAUAAGUUUCUGUAAGUGGAAAAGUUCUGGGUUUGGCUUGUGGCUAUGGUUUCACUGGGAAUUAUGUACCUAAAUAAAUGUUAACCCAUCAUUGUCUUUUGGGAUUGGGUUCAAGGG